CGAUUAUGCAGCCAAUCUGUCAAACGCCUGUGGUGGAUGCGUUCGGCUCAUAUCAGUUUUGUUACGUUGUUUGUUUCUCCGCUGUAAUUAAUUUAUUAUUAGCUAUCACCAAUAAGAACAAUGCAUUUUUACGUGAACAAAAGCUGUUUUUUUAUCGACAAAGUCGUACAACAACUAGGAUAUUGGUUGAACUACCAACGAUUUUGUAAUUGCCGAAUUACUUUGAAACUGUUAACGAGUACACUAAGCACAAACUAACACUACUCAUUGGAAGAACAUCGUGUUCAGUAAACUCGGCGUUAUCUUAUCACACUCUGCAAAACGUACUUGAGGGUGAACUCCAGUCUUUACAACCGUCCGGUGGACGAGCCCAUCCGACUUGGCAGUAUCUAACCGACCGACCAUGGAAGAGGAUCGCUUGGUAGAAAUCCCACGAAGCGAUUGGGAAGAGUGGCGCGAUUUGUACAAGCGAGACUGGCCCCGCCAUGAGAUAGGAUUUAAUGUGGUGCAAAAUUACAUCGACUGGUCGAAGCAUGACCGUAAAAUUAAGGACCUGGUGCUGUACAGUCUCAAUGGCAGUUGGCGGGAGAAUGGAACGUUUGUCAUAAUCGAUCGUAAUUAUUUGCACAUAUACACGCUGGACGAGUCUUUGGAUACAUUACGCCGCGCCCUAGAACUGGUCGAUUGGGACUACUACUACAUCGUGAUGUGCGAGCAUGAAGCGUUACUGUUCGAUACGUUUAAAAAGCUGAACGUGUGCGUUGGGAUUGCACGGCCACAUCUAAUGUACUUCCUGCCCAAGGAAGAAGCCUUAAAAUUCAAUGUAACAAUUCCGGCAGGUCUUCGGCUUGGCUCGCUCGAACCGCGCCAUGCUAAAAUUAUUACCGACCUGUGGCCCCAUCGUGAGACGGGCUCGGAGUUUGUUAUAGAGCGAUUAGUGCGCUGGAACCCUUCGAUGGGUCUGUUCGAUGAGCAGGGUAACCUACUCGGAUGGUGUUUGUGUAUGCAAACCGGUUUGAUGGCAUCGCUCGGUGUGAUCGAACAGCGCAAAGGAUACGGUAAGCUUGUGGUGAUGGCGUUCGCUAAAAAGCUGGCCGAAAUGGGACGAAACCUGUACGCCACCAUUCUGGUAGAAAACGAACCAUCGAAGGCACUGUUCGCUGGGCUUGGAUUUAAGCCAACCAAAGACAUAAACUGGAUCCGUAACCGCGAGCGAAAGUUUGUCGAAUGGAGCAUUGAACCUUACUUGGCCCUGGUUGGUAUUUCAUAGAAACAAAUGAUCGUUGAUAGAAUAAAUACACAAUGAAAAUUAAA